AUCUAUGUACUCGCUCAACCAUCUCCAUUGACCAUCAAAGCUUCCCCCUUGAAUUGAAAUCUACUCCAUUUCCGAUCAACAAAUCCAGCGGCUACAUAUCACUAACAUCUCACCAAAAAUCAAAUACACCCUUUGGCCCUCUUACUCUUACAAAAGGAUCUCUCCUUUGUUUCCAUGUUUCAAACCCAACAGUUAAAAAUCGUUUCUUCAACCAAAAAUGGCGGAGGUUUUACCGGUGGGGCGGUUCCCGGCGUUCCUGUCUUCGCGUAAAACUCUCUUCACUGUCCUUUGGAUCUCGGCUUUCGGUUCUGUCUUUUUAUGGCAACGGGAUAUUGUUGGAGCUGGGUUCUCGAUGUUUGGGAAAGUUUGGCCGGGUCGGACUAUGUCCGAGGGUCGGGCUUUCGAUUUUAACAUGACUGAGUUUGGUGCUGUUGGGGAUGGGGUUACGGAUAAUACGGCGGCGUUUGAGAGGGCUGUCUCGGCGAUCUCGAAGCUCGGGAAGAAAGGCGGUGCGAGGCUCAAUGUCCCGCCGGGGAAAUGGCUCACGGCGCCGUUUAAUCUCACUAGUCAUAUGACUUUAUUUCUGGCCGAGGAUGCUGAGAUUAUUGGAAUCCAGGAUGAGAACCGGUGGCCGUUAAUGCCUCCGUUGCCGUCCUACGGAUACGGAAGAGAGCAUCGAGGACCUCGGUACGGAAGCUUAAUCCACGGCCAAAACCUCACAGAUGUCGUUAUAACUGGGAAUAAUGGUACCAUAAAUGGACAGGGUCAGUCAUGGUGGAAAAAGUAUCGUCAGAAGCUACUCAACCACACCAGAGGUCCUCUUGUGCAGAUAAUGUGGUCGAACGACAUCGUAAUCGCUAAUAUAACCUUACGUGAUUCUCCGUUUUGGACUUUUCAUCCUUACGACUGCAAGAACGUAACAGUUCGGAACGUUACCAUCUUGGCACCCGUAUUUGAAGCCCCGAAUACCGACGGAAUCGAUCCUGAUUCGUGUGAGGAUAUGGUGAUAGAGGAUUGCUACAUAAGCGUCGGUGACGAUGCAAUUGCAAUAAAGAGUGGCUGGGAUCAGUAUGGCAUAGCUUAUGGACGACCCUCUCGAAACAUUCUCAUCCGGAACCUCAUUGUCCGCUCUAUGGUCAGUGCCGGCGUAUCGAUAGGCAGCGAGAUGUCUGGUGGGGUAUCGAAUGUUACCGUGGAGAACCUCAUUGUCUGGAGUUCCAGACGUGCGGUUCGAAUCAAGACCGCUGCCGGAAGAGGUGGAUAUGUAAGAGAUAUAACGUACAGGAAUCUGACAUUCAACGAUGCUCGAGUCGGAAUCGUUGUCAAGACAGACUACAACGAGCACCCCGACUUAGAUUUUGACAAGAACGCUCUCCCGGUACUCGAGAACAUAAGCUUCACCGGGGUACGCGGUGAAGGAGUCCGUGUGCCCGUUCGUAUACACGGCAGCGAAGACAUCCCGGUCAGGAACGUGACUUUUAGGGAUAUGAACGUGGGGAUUACGUAUAAGAAGAAGCACGUAUUCCAAUGUGCAUUCGUUCAAGGUCGCGUGAUCGGGACCAUAUUCCCCGCUCCUUGUGAAAACCUUGAUAUAUACGAUGAAGACGAAAGGCUCGUAAAGCUCUCAACUGCCCAGAAUGCAACAGAUAUAGAUUACGGUGUCUGACAAGACGGUGGAUCAUCAUCUCCGGCAACCGUUCUUCGUGGGAUCAAAAUCGGAAGGCUUAAAACUGUAUAUCUGAAAUGAGGAACAAGAUUGGAGCAGUGGGGCUUGUUCAAAUCUUGCCCCUUUUGGCUCCAAUUUCUUUCUAUAACAUGAUCAUAUGAUCGCCUCUCUC